AUGCCGGUUGAACCGCUAUCCAUCGCCGUCGCCUGUACCAGCCUGAUCUCGAAUGUUGGUAAAACCUCGCUGGACAUCUACUCGUUCGUAUCGAAAGUGCGAGAUGCCCAUCGCGACUUGGACGCUGUAUUGAAGGAAUUGUCUUCUCUGGGACUCUGUUUGGAAACACUCCGGAAUGAUGCCAUGGUCACCUCCAAGCGCGUACCUCAACCACUUGAGCACAGGGUCCUGCUCAUUCUAGUCCACACGGCCGAGAUUGUUAAAGAGAUACAAGAAAUGCUGGCCAAAUUAUCCUCGGACAGAUUUGGCAAUCACAUGAAAUGGGCCAUGUACGGGCAAAACGACAUGAACAAGCUUAGAAACCGGUUGGAGUCUCACAAAGCUUCACUGGAAAUCGCCCUUGCACUGUUGACUCUAUCUCUCACCACCGCCAUCAAGGACGAUACAAGCAGCAUCCGCCGGAACGUCAAGGAAACCGCUUUUGGUCUGGACCAGAUUGCCCAAGUUCUAGUGGCGUUGCCAGAACGUGUUGCCGCCCAGCUCCAAGGGAGCGCAUUGAACGAAACAACCAUUGUCGACACUAUUAGACCAGCUCUGCAACUGCCAGCACCACCAGAACCACCAGUGGCGAAUUCUGCUCGAAAGCUCGAAGGCCUCUUUCCACCCAUGACUUCGAAGGAUCAGACACUGAGUAACUGGGAUGCAGCGGCCAUACAGCCAAGCCGUGAGGUGGCUGUUACAGCUGCUGAGUCUACUCCGGGCCAGCCAACCAACACUGCCCAGGACCAGGCAUCCCGUUCUCGAAGGUGGAGGGGUCCUCACAUCAAGAUUCAGCUGCCGCAGGCUACCAAGGUAGCCGAUGAUAGGAAGGCCGCUGUACCAAUAAUCACACGGGAAUAUCUACCGGAAAGAUGGAAUCGCAUAGCGGCGGAACUCGGGCGGCAGGGAGCAGAUCGUGCGAUGGAAGAUGCAAGGCGACGGAUUCUACGUCGAUUAAAAGAGACGGAAGACGAAAAGUCGGCCCGGCGACAGCCUGAAUACAAGCUCAAACCCCAGUUCGAGUCACUUGGCCGGAACGAAAGUCUAGAAUGGGACGGCCUUCGACGACGCGAGACGAUAAUAGACGCACCUAGCGUUCCUGUCCCACAGACUAUUCACCCACCUCUGGGUAUGUCUCAUUUUCCGGACGUGGACAACGAUGACGGCUGGCAAGCAUAUUACACACCUGGCAUCUUCAAAUCUAUCCGGUGCAAGGCUGAGAGUGGGCCCAGUCAGGGAGAGCGGCAUGAGGAAGACCGACCACGACUUUGGGACGAUGAGAACAAGCAACAACGUCAAUUUUCCUUCACAAACAUGUUCAAGCCUAAGGAGGAAACCAGUCAGGUAGAGCGUGGUGAGGAAGAACGAGGACAGCUCGAAGAAGCCGGAGUUAAAGAGGGUCAAGGCGAGUUGUCCCCAAAGCUGUUACAAUGUUGCUCAGAUAUCGGGCAAUUUGGACACCCUUGCAGAGUCGUUGGAUGCUAA